AUGAAAGAAAAUUAAACAAGCAAAAGCCUCUCCCCAUCUAAUUUCCUUCUUCUUCUUUCUCUUUUUCUCUAUCUCUCUUAGCUUUGGUAUUUUCCUCUUCCUCUGAUUCUCCACCAUAUAUUUCCAAAAAAACGCAUCACUACCCUUUGGCCUUUACAAAAGAGAAAAGAUUAAAUCUAAACCAUGGCUUUCUCAUCGGUUCCAGUCUAUCUAGACCAUCCCAAUUGGCAUCAGCAAGCAAAUCAUCAACAAGGAAGUGGCAGUGACAAUCUUCAGCUUCCACCGCCACCCCCACCGCCUCAAGUUGGAGGUGGUGGAGGCGGCCCAAUCAGACCUGGUUCAGUAGUCGACCAAGCUCGGCUGGCUCAGCUACCUCUUCCAGAAGCAGCACAAAAUUGCCCGAGGUGUGAUUCUACUAAUACUAAGUUUUGCUACUACAAUAAUUAUAGCCGCUCACAGCCUCGGCACUUCUGUAAGACAUGUCGACGAUACUGGACAAGAGGUGGUGCCCUAAGAAACGUUCCGGUGGGCGGAGGGUGCCGGAGAAACAAGAGAAACAAAAGCAAUUGCUCAAAACCUGCUGUCACCGGUGAACGGAAGACGGGUUCUAAUCCCACAAGUGCAAGUCCCUCUAGCUGCAGUGCAAGGAUGAGUACUGGCCAUUUGCUACGGCCACCAUCACAAUUAUCUCUCAUGGCUAGUGUACAAAAUCUAAAUCAGUAUGGAGGGGCUAAUAUUGGAUCAAAUAUUGGUGGAUUUGAGCCAGAGACUCAUAUGACUUUCCAGAUGGGUAAUCAUUCAGGGGGAAACAGCAACAUUUUAGUUGCUGGAGGUGCAGAUCAAUGGAGAUUUCCUUUCUUUACCGGUUUCGAGCCACCCACCGGCUUAUUCCCUUAUCAAAAUGGAGUUGAAGCACCAUCUUCCAUGGCUGGAGAAAGUCAUCGACUGUCCACAGCAACGAGCACUGGGGUUACUCAUGUGGCUCCUGUGAAAGUGGAAAACAACCAAGGGUCAAAUUUAUCAAGGCAGUUUUUGAGUAUUUCAUCAGAAAAUAAUCAGUACUGGGGUGGAAAUACAUGGCCAGAACUCUCUGGUCUCAACUCUUCUUCUAUCAAUCAUUUCCUAUAAUUUCAACUUUCAUGUUUUGCAAGCGAUUAACUUGAAGCUUGACCUUUUGGUCCCUGCAGCUUCAAUCCAAGAUAAUUGACUCAAGGGUGUUCCACUGAAGCACUAAACCACUUUAACUUCCAAGAUCUUAAUCUCAAUUAGCAUGUGAGAUGAUGAAAUUUCAAGGGCUGAGUGAGGAACCAGUCACACGAUCACAUCAUGAUCACCGAAGAAUUAAGAAUAUGGUAGGGUUUGUGUCUUUGUGGUUUGAUUUAUUAAUGCUUUGUUAGUUGUAAGUUGUUGCUGAUCUUUAUGGUCAUUUGUAUGUUAUGGGCUUGUUUGUUAAGUGUGUGAAGGUGUGCUUGUUUGAUAUCUGACAUGAUAAGC